AUGAAGUUUGCCAAGCAAAUCGAGAAUGCGGCACACGAUCUGCCCGAGAGUUGGCGACCGCACUUAAUUCACUACAAGAUGCUUAAAAAAGUGAUACCCCUUGUCGUUGGUGAACUUGAAGCGCGUGGAUUAAUGGAACAAAGCAUCCCUUUUGAGUACCAGCUUGAUGGCAACCCAGAUGAUCCACAACCUUGUGUUGAAGUUACCCCCGAUGACGCUGCGAGACUUAAUAUACCCAAUACUACAUGCAAUGAGCAAGAGAAUCUCAUCAAGAUACCUCUUGUCAAAGAUUCCGAAUUUUUCUUGCUUCUCCUUCAGGGCAUGGCUCAGGCAGCUAUGCUUUAUGCUUCGGAACAAAAACGAUUCGCCGAUACUGUCAGCCGACUAGAAUCACAAUUGGCCGCUGUUGCUUCUCCGCAUAAACAAAAGGAGAUGUACGUAUGGCGUCAAAUUUUGAAAUUGUACAUGGAUGCAGCCGUUUUUGAAACCGGCACCCAAGUGGAUUACAGCACACAAGCGUUUGAGCGUAGCAAGAAGCAGUUGGCAUGGUUCAAUGAAGAAUUGGCUCGCACACAGCUGACACGCAAAUUUGGAUGCAAAAAGUCACGAGAGGUGCUCAAGCAUUUUGUGCAAUUGAAUAAUGAGCUUGUGAACUUUAAAUGGUUCCAUGCAUUGAACCACACAGCAAUGAUCAAGAUCCUGAAAAAACAUGACAAGCGGAGUGGAUUAAAGGCCAAGACAGAGUUUCCUGCAUUUGCCAAGACAAAUGCCAUGCUCGUUGAAAAUGUGGUGCUUGCAUUAUACUCUGGUAUCACAUCGCAGCUGGUAUCUGUGGUGCCCCAAGUGGAUAAUCAUUCUUGCCCCAUUUGCUAUGCUGUUGCAUGGCGACCCAUUCGAUUGGAGUGCAACCACGUGUUUUGCGUACGUUGCUUGAUCAAGGCACAUCGCAAAAAGUUAUAUGACUGCCCACUUUGCAGACACACAGGAGCCGUUGUGAAUGCUGAUGCAACCAAUCUUGAUAAGGGGUUACAGAACUUUUUGUUAUUGUAUUUCCCAAGAGAGAUCAAAGAAAAGCGGCGAGACAAUGAACGCGAGCAAGCUUUAAUGGACAUGGAAGCCCUCACGGGGCGAGCAUGGACCACUGCAUAUGGCAACCAUCAAUAUCAGAAGGACAUGUGUUUCAUUAUGUAG